AUGAGCCCGGAGAGCGAGGAAAAGAUGCACGGCGCAGGCCGCGACGAAAAGGUCGUCAUGAUUCCAGAAGGUGAGGAAGAGGUGGACAGUAUACGAGAGGCCAUCGUUGACUUCGGUAGAGACUCAGGAGGUAGAGUGUCUACAUCUAGCCCCGAAAGCACGAUAGCUGAUUACAUCCUCAAGACCUCCCAACUCCAAAGCCCAUUCCAUCUUCGACUACCCUUGGCUCGGCCCACGUUCCGACAAUGUGUGGCGCCCAUGGGAAGACCAGUACCCGAUCAAUUCAACCCUCGGAGGCAUUUCCCAUGCAGUGACAGCCGCCUACCUCGGCGAGCGGCAAUGCAAAAGAACCAAGACAGACUGCCGCUAUCGGGUCAGGCUCCACACUGA